CAUUUUUAAGCUGAAACGAUGAGUCUCAUCAAUACUCUUCCUCACAUUCUCCUUUCUCUUACCCUCUUUUUCACUACUAUCCAUGCAGCCACUUUUGAUGUUGUGAACCAAUGUACCUAUACAGUUUGGGCUGCAGCCUCACCUGGGGGUGGGCGUCGUCUAGAUUCAGGCCAGACCUGGACAUUUGACGUAGCACCAGGCACCACAAUGGCUCGAAUUUGGGGCCGAACCAAUUGCAACUUUGAUGGCAACGGAUGUGAGACUGGUGAUUGUAACAAGGCUCUAGAAUGCCAAGGCUGGGGUUCACCACCAAAUACCUUGGCCGAGUUUGCACUCAAUCAGGCCAACAACUUGGACUAUCUAGACAUAUCUCUUGUUGAUGGCUUUAACAUCCCAAUUGAUUUCAGCCCCACUACCGGUGACUGUCGUGGAAUCCGAUGUGCAGCUGAUAUUAAUGGACAGUGCCCAGCUUAUCAUAAAUUUAAUAUAUAA